GAAUUGUCAAAAUUUCAGUCAAUCAAACAAACAUGGAUUCUUCUCAGUGUGAGGAAUCAGAAAAAUCUUUGCAUAAUGAGAGUGAUAUGACGAAAAUUUAUAAUAGUGUUCCUAAAACCAUGUCAGGACAUAGUAAUAAUAUCGUUCAUAAGCUAUUUAACAGAGAGACCUCAGGUUACACGUCACGUCGCUACAAUGACCGCGGCCGCAGAGUAUUCGAGCGGAUCCCGCCGCGGCUGCGUUUCUGCCUCAUGGACAUUGUGCCCAUGUCCUACUUCAGCAACCAUGUGUUCAUGGGCUUCUCGCAGUGUGGACAGUAUCUGCUCAGCUUCACGUAUAGCAACGGGUCACAGGUUUACUUCAGGGAGAAUGCUAAGUUCACCUUGCACUUCUUAUCCUGGGUACCCGGAAGAGUGGUCCGCUCAGUGCACAGGGUGCCCCUGUUCGGCGGGGACGCCGUGGACAGUCGACUGACCAUUUCCAUGGCGCAGUGGAAGCACAACCCUGGCGUGCUGGUGGUCUAUGGCCUACCGGAUUCAUGUACUGAAAGAUCUCACCUCAGUGUCAUUGGAGUGCCACGGUUAGGAUGUAGGAAAUGUGCAGCUAUGGCGAAAGAAGAAGAUGGUCAAAAUUGGGGCCAAAAAUGUCUGGAGCACAACUUCGCAAUUCACACAAAGUUCUUCUGUACAUCGGACUCCAGUGUCUAUGAGCCGGUCGUACAGCUCGCCUAUUCCAAUCAAAUCAUCAUCUACACUGAUUUCAUACACAUCCUAGAAGUAGACUUCGUCAAACCCGACCAAGAUAAACCCAUGGAAAUUGAUGACUGCAAAUCAUCAUCAGACAGAGACGAGACUAACUCAAUUUACACCAAUCCAAGCACACCCGCGUCUGACGUGUCAGCUGUCUUCCAUUCCCCUAAAUACCAGAACACGGUUGUGCAAAAUAUUUUAGAAGACUUCUCCGAUUUAGACGCAGAGCCUUUUCAAAUGUCGAAACCUGUACAGUUACCUGACGUGAUGGGACAAGAGCUGUGUAUUCAAGCGUCUUCAAUAUCAUACAAUUUAGUCGAAGAAUGGGAGGGCCCUUCGCCUUCCAUUAGGACUUUAAUUUCACCUCCCUUGAGAUCCCCCAGGAGAAGACCCGCGGAAAGUAUGUCCAGGUUCAACGAAACGCAUAGAAUCAAAGCGGACAAAGCUUACGAAUUCGUAGAGGAAACCGAAACGAAAUGUGAAAAACUUAGUAUCUUCAGGAAACGAAGGUUAGCUGACAAGAAAUAUGAGUUUUCUGAAGACAAUAAUGAAAAUAUAGUCCCGUUCAGGGUAUUAAGGAGUAAUAGGAAAUACUUUACUGGGUGCACUAGCAAAAUGCGACGACCAAAGUCCCCGCCAGUCGAGGUCUUAAGAGCACACAAUCAGAUAAGUAGACCUCCAUCGCCAACCACUAGUGAAAAAGAGCAAGGUCUAUCUUGUUUAGAAUCUGAUGACAAAAGCGAAUCUGAAUACAGAGUUAUGGAAAUGCUUGACGAUGGAUCUCUAAAAACGGUAGCGGUACAUGACAACACUUCGAAAACGCUGUCAGAGUGCCCUGUAAACGCGCACGAUCCGUAUUUGGUGCAUUCGGAGAAUUCUAAGUGUAGCAAGUUUUUCACGAGAUAUUUUGUGGAAAGUGAUGAUGAAAUUACUUCUAUAGUUACGGAUUCUGAAGACGACUGUAUAUCGGGGUACCACGUAGCGCUCCACUUGCAAGCGCACGGGGCGGGCUACGCGCCGCUGCAGGGCGUGAGCGCGGGCGCGUGGGCGCGCGUGGCGAGCGCGCCGCCGCCGCUCACGCUGCGCGCGCAGCAGCGCAGCCUCGACACCGAGCUGCUGUGUAAUGAGGUUUGCGGGCGACUUUGCAAGCUGAACGGAAAGAAAUUCAUAUACUGCUUCGAUUGGGGUUGUCAUGUCAUAGACGUGUGUCAGAGCAGUGGCUGCUUAUCGGGGCUGUGCGCGAUGUGGUUAUGGGCGAGCGACGACACGGGCGCGUGCGAGCCGUGCCGCGCCAUCAGCGCCGGCUGCCCCGCGCACCGCCUGCAGUACGCCGCCGAGUGCCUCUUUGUAUGGGAUCUAGUGAGCGGUGUCUACAGAACCGAAAAAGUUACAAUGACUGAAGACGCAAGCCAAGAAGGCUCCAGAGUGUCUGGGGCAGACCGAGCGCGCGAGCUCGCGAAGAAGCUAGGACCAAUCAAUAUGCCGUCGGGCUGUGAAACUAGGCUGCUCACUACUCUUACAGGGCGUUCGUUAAAGAGACUGACAGACGUGGACAACUGCAUCGAGAUCACCAAGAACCACCCGGACAGCUCCGAGUCCGAGUCGGAGCCCGAGGAAGAAGACUCCGACUGAGCGACCACAGUGCUCCGUCCAUUUUGUAAGUUCCGACUGGGGUAAAACCACACAAGAAAUAAUAGUGCUACCGUACAGAAAGGACACUUCCUACAAACCCGAAGUUUGACAGCGGUUCAGGGUCAAUCUCUUUCUAAUACAUGGCACUAUCCCUUUCGGCUAUUUAGGGUUGUCAAAAAUCAAGUGAUUUUCUUAUCUGUGGUCGUGCACGGAAGUGGAAGUCACGUGGUGCACACCCUAAAAUUGCUCGGAGCAAUGCUGAGCCGAGCGGUGCCGAGUUCGACCGAAGUCAGGAGUGUCUCCCCACUGGUAAAACUGCCUAUUGCCGAUACUCUUCACUUGUUGGUACAUUCAAACUAAGACUCCCACGUGCCUAUACCUCGUUUUUAGGGUUCAGUACCCAAAGGGUAAUUUUAGGGUUCAGUACCCAAAGGGUAAAAACGGGACCCUAUUACUAGGACUCCACUGUCCGUCUGUCUGUCUGUCACCAGGCUGAAUAUCAUGAACCGUGAUAGUUAGACAGUUGAAAUUUUCACAGAUGAUGUAUUUCUGUUGCCGCUAUAGAAACAUCAUAAGUAUGGAACCCUCGUUGGGCGAGUCCGACUCCCGCUUGUCCCGGUUUUGUUUUUAACAUCAAAAGAAAAAGGGUAAUCAAUCUUGACGUGUCCUUUUAUUGAAAAGCACUUUUGAAAUAUAAGUACAGCAAAAUGUAACAAUUAUAUAAUUAUGUAUUUACAUUCUUUUGGUUUCAUAAGUAAUAAUAUAUGUACUUACUAUUUUUUACAGAGUUUUUUAAAUAUAAUAAGUAAUGACAUGUCAAGAUUGUUUACCCCUUUUCGAAUGCUAAAAAACGAGGCAUAGCCGCUUAUAUAUAAUCGAAGUAAUUUCGAGCGAUAGAGAGGCAGAUAAUGGUUUUACAUUUUUUAAUGUUGAUGAUAGGCCCUCAUUGAAAUUUACAUCGGAAAACUGCGCCUCUGAAUGAUCUGAUGAAAGUGGUGUCAGCGCCAAUUAUGUGCAGGUAUAUUAUUUGAUCUGCAAGCCCUUCUAGCCUCCUAAGGCCCAACGUCCUACCUAUGGUACUUUUUCAGUUGGAUGAAAUUUAAAUAUACAAACAAAUAAAAAUCAACCCUAUUACCUGCACUAUAGGUUCAGAUUUCAUUGGAUGAAUUUUGGGUUUUGCAUUUUAUGGCUGAGCCAUAGGAGGCUAGCAGCUACUUAUGUUUCAACGACCAGUCUGACCAAAAGAGACGGCUGUAUGGUAUGAGUGAGAUAGAAAUAAUUGUCAUUGCGUCCUUUUUGGUCAGUUAAGAUAUUAGGAUUACGAUUUAAAUUGUCAGUAAAACUAAGAAGGUAGGUCACAACGUCACACGCACAUUGCAAUUACGUUAUUAGUGCAUCUGUCUAUUUGUGUGUUUCUUCGCGAUAAACUCAAAAACUAUGAUUUGUUAUACGUUGCAUGCAUAGCACGU